AUGGAGGCGUCCGCCAACGGGUCCAGCUUUGGCAUCGACUCGCUGCUGUCCCACAGGCCUGGAAGUCCGGUGUCCAAAGGGGACAGCCUGGCGGGGGAGUUCAGCCCGAGAUCAGAGCCGGAGAGCGGCUGCUCGUCGCCUCCGUCGCCCGUGGACGAGGUGUCCCAGAGGCCAGGUCACGUGGUCGGCCUGCCUCCUCACCUGCAGCACGCACAGGUGUCCCAGCAGAGGACCGUGACCUCGUCCUUCCUCAUCAGAGACAUCCUCGCGGACUGUAAGCCUCUGGCCGCCUGCGCUCCUUACUCCAGCAACGGACAGCCGACCCAGGAGGCCGGCAGGCUGGUGUCCAAGAUAGCAGAAGACUUUAUGGAGAAGAUCCACAGCAACUCGUCGUCAGACAGUGAAUAUAAAGUGAAAGAGGAGGACCGGGAGAUCUCCAGCAGCAGGGACAGCUCUCAGGUCCGGCUGAAGAAGCCCAGGAAGGCCCGGACGGCCUUCACGGACCACCAGCUGGCCCAGCUGGAGAGGAGCUUCGAGAGGCAGAAGUACCUGAGCGUCCAGGACCGCAUGGAGCUGGCGGCCUCCCUCAACCUCACAGACACACAGGUCAAGACCUGGUACCAGAACCGGAGGACGAAGUGGAAGCGGCAGACGGCGGUGGGACUGGAGCUGCUGGCGGAGGCCGGGAACUACUCCGCCCUGCAGAGGAUGUUCCCGUCCCCGUACUUCUACCCGCAGAGCCUGGUGUCCAACCUGGACCCCGGAGCGGCCCUGUACCUGUACCGGGGCCCCUGCCCCCCUCCGGCCCUGCAGAGGCCCCUGGUCCCCCGGAUCCUGCUGCACGGCCUGCAGGGGGGCAGCGAGCCUCCUCUGACCCCCAUGUCCGGCGUGCUUUCCCGGCCAGCCCAGCAGCGGUGA